CUAAAGCCAAAGGUUGUGCCGAAACUUAUGCGAUUAAAUACUUUCUCACCAAAUUCUUCUUAAUUCCCACCACCGAUGAAUUAGAUCCAGAUAUAACCAAAGACCAUGAACACUUAAAUCGCUUAAAAAGUGGCAAACAAGAAACUGCCGAACAAAUCAGAGCCCGGCAUCGCGACCGAGACCUAGACUUACUUAUCAAAAAGCACGGACUUAAAUAUCAAUCCACCGCUGAAUACCAGCAAUGA